UGUAAUAGUUAUUGCAUUUGUUAUUAAAAUACAAAUAAGCCUAUUUAAUAAGAAGAGCAGAAAAAAAAAAAAAAAGUCCGCGUCGCACAGCCUAUAGACCUGUAUCAUCUCCCUCCAAAGUGUAGGUGUGCUUCCACCAGACGUGUCUUCUCUUAGAUUUAGUUCUGUAAAAAAACUGAGGAUUAAUUUGUCGUCAAUAAUCUGAAGGCAGUGACGAGUCGGGUCGUGAUUGGGCAAACUCAUUUCAAACCCUCCCUUUAUAAUUUCACAGGAGUGAGUUUGGAGGUCUUAAACACACCAACACCGGCUGUCGCCACCGCUAGGACACACACACAAGAGCACCGUGCACUUUCCAACCUCUGUUGCAAAUUGAGAGAAAAUAAAACAAUGCAUGCAAGAGAUUUCUGCAACUACUGAACGCUUUGCAAAGGCGAUCCGUGCUUAUGGACUUUUAAUUGCAUCGCGCAACACUGCAUCAGGGGUUGAACUUUUUUGGUAGCAAUUGAAAACAGAAGCUGAUGAUUUAACUGCCUGACUUUGCGCAUGUGCUCCACGCACAAAUAAAAAGCUGCUUUUUCGUUACCAACUUCUCCUUUUUCCUUUAAAAAAGUGAACUUUCUUCUCUAAAAUUGGCUCCUGUACAAACAGCCGCGUUGGAUCCCUCGGGCUACUGCGAGACUCCGGUGUACAACCCGGAUCUCUGUCCAAAUAUGAUCGCCACCCAGGCCAAGCUGGUGUAUCAUCUCAAUAAAUACUACAACGAGAAAUGCCAGUCUCGGAAGGCGGCCAUCUCCAAGACCAUCCGGGAGGUGUGCAAGGUGGUCUCCGACGUCCUGAAAGAGGUGGAGGUCCAGGAGCCCCGUUUCAUCAGCUCCUUAAACGAACUGGAUAACCGCUUCGAGGGGCUCGAGGUCAUCUCGCCUAAUGAAUUCGAGGUGGUCCUCUAUCUUAACCAGAUGGGGGUCUUCAACUUCGUGGACGACGGCUCUCUGCCGGGAUGCGCCGUGCUCAAGCUCAGCGACGGGCGGAAAAGAAGCAUGUCUCUCUGGGUUGAGUUCAUCACGGCUUCGGGAUACCUGUCGGCGCGCAAAAUCCGCUCCAGAUUCCAGACGCUCGUGGCUCAGGCGGUGGACAAGUGCAGUUAUAGGGACGUCGUCAAAAUUGUCGCGGACACAAGCGAGGUGAAAUUGCGCAUCAGAGACAGAUAUGUGGUUCAAAUUACCCCAGCUUUCAAAUGCACUGGCAUAUGGCCGCGCAGCGCUGCCCAUUGGCCGCUGCCUCACAUCCCGUGGCCUGGUCCAAACCGGGUGGCAGAAGUCAAAGCCGAAGGUUUUAAUCUGUUGUCGAAGGAGUGUUACUCGUUGAACGGGAAACAGAGCUCGGCGGAGAGCGACGCCUGGGUGUUGCAGUUCGCCGAAGCUGAGAACCGACUACUGUUGGGAGGGUGCAGGAAGAAAUGCCUGUCCCUGCUGAAGACAUUGCGCGACCGUCACCUUGAACUACCGGGACAGCCUCUCAACAACUACCACAUGAAAACUCUGGUGUCUUACGAGUGCGAAAAACAUCCGCGAGAGUCGGACUGGGACGAAAACUGCCUCGGGGAUCGACUGAACGGGAUUUUAUUGCAGCUCAUUUCGUGCUUGCAGUGCAGGAGAUGUCCCCAUUAUUUUCUACCAAAUCUAGACCUUUUCCAAGGGAAGCCUCAUUCGGCCCUUGAAAAUGCAGCCAAACAGACUUGGCGACUGGCGAGAGAAAUUCUAACCAACCCUAAAAGCAUGGAGAAACUCUGAGGCAUGGGGGCAACAGUCUGUACUGCAGGCAAAUUCUUACUGGUGGCUCCAUUCACAAAGCUGGAGGAGGAGGAGGUUGACAAAUCUGUGGGUCCUGUAAGACAACAAGA